AUGGGAUUGACCUCCGUGGAUAGCAUGGCGAUUACUUCUCCUUCCUUAAGUUCUUCAUAUCAGUGGGGAAUUGUAGUUCCGGACUAUGGAGGCUUCUAUCCUCCUCCGCGGCAUUGCAAGAGUAUAACUCUCUAUUCUCUCUGUCGGCCUCCUGUUGGAGCCGUUGCCGCUGUGCCAACCGCCACAACUGACAGCCCUAUUGUCAAGCGCGCCUCCAUCAACGACGUUGGAACUGGUUACGCCAGCCAGAACGGCGGAACUAGCGGAGGAGCCGGCGGAACCACCACUGUCUCCUCCUUCGCUCAGUUCACUGCCGCUAUUGCUGGCACCGCGAAGAAGGUCGUCGUUGUCUCUGGCCCUAUCACCCAGGCCUCUAAGCAGAUCAAGAUUGGAAGCAACACCAGCAUCAUUGGCAAGGACUCCAAGGCCGUUCUCACUGGUUUCGGACUCAUCGUCAAGGAAGAGUCCAACGUCAUAAUCCGCAACAUUGCCAUCUCCAAGGUUCUUGCUGCGAACGGUGAUGCCAUUGGUGUCCAGCUGGCCAACAACGUCUGGAUCGACCACGUCGACCUCUCCUCCGACCGUAACCACGACAAGGACUACUACGACGGCCUGAUCGACUUCACCCUCGCCGCCGACUUCGUCACCAUCUCCAACAGUUACAUCCACGACCACUGGAAGGCCUCGCUGAUCGGCCACUCCGACUCCAACGGCGCCGAGGACACCGGCCACCUCCGCGCCACCCAGAACAACAACCACAAGUCCUUGUGGAGAGCAACGUCUUCUUCUAAGCACCUCUACUCCACCGACGCCGGAUACGCCGUCGCCAACGACGACGACUUCGGAAGCGGCUCUAACACCACCCUUGCUGGUACCCUCAAGACCGUCCCUUACUCGUACAGCGAGUUGGGUAGCACUAAGGUCAAGGCCGCUAUUGAGGGCAAGGUUGGCAACAACCUCAGCUUCUAA